AUGGCCGUGCUACAACAGCCACGGGAGAUGGCUGACCUAAUACUGAAGACCCUGGAGGAGUUAGAACAGAAAGACUUUAAAAAGUUCAGGCUCUAUUUGAAUGAAAAAGUGCUGGAAGGAUAUAAACCCAUUCCACGGGGACACCUGGAGGGUAAAGAUGUGCCAGACGUUGUUAACAUUAUGAUGAAAUCGUAUCGCAAAGAGCCGUCCCUCAGGAUCACACUGGAGAUCCUGAAGAAAAUUCAGAGAAAUGAUCUUGUUAAGAGCCUGCAACAAAAUCAGGAAAAGAAUGCCACAUUGAAAUCCAUCCUGGUGAAGAAAUACAGAUACAUAUAUGAGGGUUUGGCUGAACAAGGAAAUACUUCAGCUUUUGAUAAGAUCUACACAGAGCUCUACAUCACAGAGGGUGGAAGUGGUCUGGUAAAUAAUCAACAUGAGGUCAGACAGAUUGAGACAGCAUCCAAGAAACCAGCCCAAGAGACUGAUAUCAAAAGCAAUGACAUCUUUAAACCCUUACCUGGACAAGACAAACAGAUCAGAGCUGUGCUGACAAAGGGAAUUGCUGGUGUUGGAAAAACUGUCUCUGUGCAGAAGUUCAUUCUUGACUGGGCAGAAGGAAAAGCCAAUCAGGAUAUUCAUUUCAUAUUUCCUAUACCUUUCCGAGAACUGAAUGCAAUCAAGAUUAAAAAAUGCAGACUGGGAGAGUUACUUCACAAACUCUUCCCAAAAAUCAAAGAGUCUGAAUUUGUAUCCAUUGAGUGUAAUAAUUACAAAGUUGUGUUCAUCUUUGAUGGUCUGGAUGAGUGUCGACUUCCCUUAGAUUUCCAGAACAAUAAAAUCUGGUAUGAUGUCACAGAACCAACAUCAGUGGACGUGCUGCUGACAAACCUCAUUAAGGGGAAUCUGCUUCCCUCUGCUCUCCUCUGGAUCACCACCCGACCAGCAGCAGCCAAUCAGAUCCCUCCUGAGUGUAUCCAGCGGGUGACAGAGGUACGAGGAUUUAAUGAUCCACAGAAGGAGGAAUACUUCAUGAAGAGAUUCAGUGAUCAGAACCUGGCCAGCAGAAUUAUCACACACAUAAAGUCAUCAAGGAGCCUCUACAUCAUGUGUCACAUACCAGUCUUCUGUUGGAUUGCAGCCACUGUUCUUGAGAGAAUAAUGAGGCAGUCAGACAGCGGAGAAAUCCCUACAACUCUGACACAAUUGUACACAAACUUUCUUCUCCUUCAGGCAAACACGAAGAAAGAGCAUGAUCCUAAAAAAGGUCAGGCAAAUUCUGUUCUGAACAACAAGUCCCCCAUUCUGAAACUGGGGAAGCUGGCUUUUGAGCAGCUGGAAAAGGGAAAUCUCAUCUUCUAUGAGGAAGACCUGAGAGAGAGUGGCAUUGAUGUCACUGAGAUUUCAGUGUACUCUGGGGUGUGCACCGAAUUCUUUAAACAAGAGUCUGACGUACUACAACAGAAAGUGUACUCCUUCAUGCAUCUGAGCAUUCAGGAGUAUCUUGCUGCUCUGUAUGUGUUUGUGUCAUACAGAAACGGCAACAGAAAUCUACUUGACCAAACCCUCAUUGGUAAAUUAAGUAGAUUCAUCUCCUUCUCAAACUUAGCUGUGCUGCUCAAAACUGCAGUGGACAGGGCCUUAGAGAGUGAGAAUGGACACCUGGACCUUUUCCUCCGCUUCCUUCUUGGCCUCUCCCUGGACUCCAAUCAGACUCUCUUACGAGGCCUACUGGCACAGACAGGAAGCAGCUCACAGAGCAUUGAGGAAACAGUCCAGUAUGUUAAAGAGAAGAUCAGGGAGAACCCGUCUCCAGAGAGGACCAUCAAUCUGUUCCACUGUCUGAAUGAACUGAAUGACCAUUCUCUAGUGGAGGAGAUCCAAAGAUACUUGAGCUCAGGAAGUCAUUCAAUGGAAGAGCUCAAACUGGAACAGCUUUCUGCUCUGGCCUUUGUGUUGCUGAUGUCAGAGAAGGAACUGGAUGUGUUUGACUUGAAGAAAUACAAGCGAUCAGAAGAAGGUCUUCUGAGGCUGCUGCAAGUUCUCAAGGUUUCCAGAAGAGCUCUGCUGAACAGCUGUAACCUCAGUAAUGAAUGCUGUGAAGCUCUGGCCUCAGCUAUCAGCUCAAACUCCUCCAGUCUGAGAGAGCUGGACCUGAGUGACAAUGAGCUGCAGGAUUCAGGAGUGGAGCUGCUCUCUGCUGGACUGGGGAAUCCACACUGUAAACUGAGACACUGAGGUCAGUUCAGGCUGAACAGCUGUAACCUCAGUAAGGAAUGCUGUGAAGCUCUGGCCUCAGCUAUCAGCUCAAACUCCUCCAGUCUGAGAGAGCUGGACCUGAGUGACAAUGAGCUGCAGGAUUCAGGAGUGGAGCUGCUCUCUGCUGGACUGGGGAAUCAACACUGUAAACUGGAGACACUGAGGCUGUCACUGUGUCAAGUCACAGAGAGAGGCUGUGUUUCUCUGGCUUUGGCUCUGCAUAAAAACCCCUCACACUUGAGACAGAUUGACCUGAGCUACAAUCACCCAGGAGACUCAGGAGUGAGAGCGCUCUCUGCUGGACUGAAGGAUCCCAACUGCAAACUGCAGAAACUGGGUGUGGACCAUGGUGGUGAGUGCAGGAUCAAACCAGCACCGAGGAAAUAUGCCUGCCAGCUCACACUGGACCCCAACACAGCACACAGAAACCUGUCUCUGUCUGAGGGGAACAGGAAGGCGAAAUGGGAGAUAAAGGAGCAGCCAUAUCCUGAUCAUCCAGAGAGGUUUGAUAAGUGGAACCAGGUGCUGUGCAGAGAGGGUCUGACUGGACGCUGCUACUGGGAGGUUCAGCAGAUUAAUAUGUUGACUGACAUUGGGGUGGCAUACAAAGGAAUCACAAGGAAAGGAGACAGUGACGACAGUUGCCUUGGACACAAUGACAAGUCCUGGUGUUUGUUCUCCUUCCUGGACAAUUACUAUGUCAGGCACAAUAAACAGGACACUCCGGUACCCCACCACCCCUCCCACUCCCACAGAGUAGGAGUGUAUCUGGACUGGCCGGCCGGCACUCUGUCCUUCUACAGCAUCUCCUCUGACACACUGACCCUCCUGCACACAUUCCACACCACAUUCACCGAGCCCCUCUACCCUGGGUUUGGAGUUGGUUCUGGUUCCACAGUGUCCCUGUGCCAGCUGGUUUAG